GAGGUGGUGGCGGCGGCGGGGUCUGCUGCGAUGCCGGGAGCGCGCGAGACCGAGGUGCUGGUGCCAGACGGCACCGGCGGGCGGCGCCCCUCCGGCUACGGCGCCUGCCCAGACGAUGACCUCGGCUCGCAGGCCGACACCGAGUCGGGCAGUUCCAGUGAAGACCCGUACUACAAGCCAGAAAGCGACCAGGAGUAUGUCACGAAGAGACGGAAGCCUAAGUUCACCUGGCGUCAGCUGGUCUUCCUCGGCGCUCUGGCCUCGAUCACGAUGACAUCGUCUCUGUCGCUGUGCAUUUUCCCUCCGUUCUUCCCCAAAGUGGCCGAGAGCAAGGGCUUCAGCGCCUCAGUGUACGGCGCCAUAAUCGGCACCAACUGCUUCGUCUCGUUCGUCGUCACCCCGUUCCUCGGCAAACACAUUGAAACGAUCGGCCUCUCCUUCACGCUGGUCAGCGGCGUCCUGGCCAGCGGCGUGAGCGGCGUGCUGUGCGGAAUGUUGGACAUGUUCCCAGCCGGCAUGCCGUUCGUGUACACGGCCGUGGCGAUCCGCGCCGUCCAGUCCAUCGGCAACGCCGGCAUCAUCAUCACCACCUUUACCUACACCAACCUGCAGUUCCCCACCAGCACCGGCAUCAUCUUCGCGAUGAACCGGACCGUGAUGAGCGUGGCCCAGAUGUUCGGUCCGGCGCUGGGCGGCGUCUUCUACGAGCUCGGCGGCUACUGCGCGCCGUUCGUCGUCUUCGGCGUGCUGCACAUGGUGACGCUGGUGCCGCUGCUCUGCGUGCUCCCCGGAUCCAUGCGACGGAAGAGCUCCUCGUGUCCCGCCGACCGAGAUGCUGAUAAGCAGACCGUGUCUGUCUGGCGCAUGGUGCACAUACCCGGCAUCUGGGUGGCCUUCGUCAGCUUCUUCGUCGCCACCAUGAGCACUGGCUUCCUCUCCGUCACACUGGAGGCGCAGAUCCUCCGAAAGUACAACCUGUCCCACAUCCUGCUGGGUCUCAUGUUCGGCCUGAAGGACGGCGCCAGCAGCCUCGCCUCGCCCAUCUGGGGCCUGCUCUGCGACAAGUUCAGCUGCAUCAAGGCCUACAUUGUGGCCACGUCGCUGACCGCGGCCGCCUGCUUCGCCUUGUUCGGUCCGCUUCUCAACCUGCCAAUCCACCAGACACUAUGGAUGGUCGUGGUCAGCCUCUGCCUCUACGGAAUGUCCAUCGGCGGUAUGCAGGUGGCCGGCGUGGUGGAUGCCCUCCGGGAGGCCGUCGGCGGAGGACUGCAUGACGACGCCACGACGCACGCUGUGGUGGCCGGCAUGUGGAGCUCGCUGAGCGGCGCCGGACGCUUCAUCUCCCGCUGCGGCGCCGGCAUCCUCGUGGACACCAUCGGCUUCCCUCUGGCGUCAUCGGUCAUCGUGCUGCUGCAUAUGGGCAUGGCCCUGCUGGCUUCCGUCUACAUGUGCCUGUCGGACGGCGGCGGCCGAGGGCGCGCUGACAAGCCCGUCCGCCGCCGGCUGCUGUCGGCGCCGGACUCGUCGCCGGAGCGCCACUGCUCGCCGGUCAGCUCGGACGGCGCGCCGCCGAGCGCCUCCCGCGCGCUGCAGGUGCCUGGCGCGCGCAGCCGCUACAGCAGCGAGGGCCCCGUCAACUACCUCACCCACUCGAUGCCCGACUGCGGCGGUGCCGGCAGCUAUAACGCACUGAUGGGCGAGUGAUGGCGGCUAGCGGCGGCGGAGCGGCCGGGUGGCUGGUGUCGGCCGGGUGGAAGGCACCACCACGCGGUGCGCUGCCUCAUGUGGGGAUGCAGGGAAGGCUCAGAUACGGCUAAAAGUCGGAUGCUGGGGAGGCUCAGGCAUGUCAGAAUUUCGGAUGGCAGCAAGCUCUUCACUGUCUGUGUUUGUGACCCGCCGUUGUUGCCUGGCGGUGUCCGUGUUUGUGACGCGCCGUCGUUGUCUGGCGGCGCCUGUGUCUGUGACCCGUCAUCUUUGUCUGGCGAUGUCUGUGUUUAUGACCCGUCUGGCGGUGUCUUUGUUUGCGACUCGCCACCUUUGUCUGAUACUGUCUGUGCUUGUGAUUCGCCAUCUUUGUCUGACUCUGUCUGUGCUUGUGACUCGCCAUCUUUGUCUGGCGGUGUCUGUGUUUGUGACACACCAUCUUUGUCCGGCGGUAUCUGCGUUUGUGACCCACCAUCGUUGUCUGGCGGUGUCCGUGUUUGUGACCCGCCAUCGUUGUCUGGCGGUGUCUGUGUUUGUGACCCGCCGCCGAUGUCUGGCGAGUAAUGGCUGAGUGCUCUGAGUAUGCCGGUGGAAGGUGAUGCCGGAUAUCUGCGUGACUGGCAUUAGUCUCCGUAUGUGCUGUGCUGCGCUUCAGUACCUCGGGUUACGAGCACCUGUGAGGAGGCGUUAUGGUUCCGGUCGUAACAGACUGGAUCCGCUGUUUGCGCAACUGCAUCUUGUAUCCGAGUGCCUGCAAUACAUGACGGGGCCGGAUGGCCUGG